AUGGUCGCUGAGCUAUCCGCGCUACAGCAGGUCGUCAACCUCCUCACGGGUCUCAAUGGCUUGCCGGCAGUCAUCGUUCAAUGCUUCAUCACCACGAUUUAUACCGCUGCAGGAGGCUUCCGAGUAUCAUUUGUCACGGACAACGUCCAGGGAGCGAUGGUCCUACUCUUCCUGAUCAUCGGCACCGUCACGAUCGCAGUGACCGUCAACAUCGACACCUCGCUCAUUCCAGUGUCAAACUACUUGGAGCCAAGUCUGCUCGGGUGGCAACUUAUCUACGUACUCCCAGUCGCCAUCUUGACGAAUGACUUCUUCCUGUCUGGUUUCUGGAUGCGAGCUUUCGCUUCGAAGACUGACAAGGACUUGUGGAUUGGAGUAUGCAUCUCGGCCGUAGUCGUGACGAUCGUCGCGACACUUGUCGGUGUAUCUGGUCUUAUCGCUGGAUGGUCUGGAGUACUUGGUGUUCCUCCUGUUGCUUCUGGAAUGGAGCUGUUCACACUGCUCGGUACACUCCCGGCCUGGGUCGUGGGCAUCAUUCUUGUCAUGGUUGUGACUCUUAGCACAGCCGCUUUCGACUCACUGCAGUCAGCCCUCAUCUCCACCGGCUCGAACGACUUCUUCCGAAACAAGCUCAACAUCUGGAUCGUUCGACUCAUCGUCGUGAUCCUGAUCGUCCCGACCGUCGUCGUUGCAUUGAAAAGUCCCAGCGUCCUUCAGAUCUACCUCAUUUCCGACAUUAUCAGCGCCUCUAUCAUUCCAUGCCUCGUCAUCGGUCUGAGCUCCAAGGCAUACUUCUGGCGCGGCUUCGAGGUAGUUGUUGGAGGACUCGGCGGUAUUCUUUCCGUGUUCUUCUUCGGACUGGUGUACUACGACGGCAAUGCUUCGAGAGCUGGUAAUCUCCUGAUCUUGACUGAGGGUCUGUACGCCAGCGACUGGUCGGUGUUUGGAGCUUUCGUGGCUGCUCCCGUCGGUGGUCUGCUCUUUGCUAUUGCAGGCUGUGCUAGCAGGCUGGGGUUCGAGUGGGCCAUGGCAAAGGUCCGUGGUACCCGCUUCACUGCACUCGACCGUGACGAGGCGCCUGCCGCGGCCUUUGAGCCCGAGGAGAGGUACAGUGUGGAUGAUGCUGCGUCGGCGGGGCCAUCGCAUGGGCGCAAGAGUGGUGUUAUGUUCACGAAGCAGCCAUAG